CCUGGCCCCCGCAGCGCCUCUUCCUUCCCACCCAUGCAAACCCCCAGUUUGAGCCCCAGGGCACCGCUCGUAGCGCUCAGCCCGCCCCUGGUCUCUUCUUCCUGCCUACCCCGCUUCCCCCCCAAAACCCCGCCAGUGGCUCACGCCUUCUGCAUACGGGAUGAGGUGAGCAGCGCCGCCACUGCGAGGGGGCGCGCGCGGGUGUGAGCGUGUCCGUGUGCGAGUGUGUGUGCGCCGGCGGCGGGCACUGCAGCGGCUCCUCGGUGGAGCGCAGGGCGAGCGGAGCCGGAGCCCGAGUGAGCGGCGAGGGCGGCGGAGGGGCGCGGGCUCCCGGCGCGGCCAUCUCCGGCCCCGCGCUGCGCCUCCACGAUGCUCAACAACCUGACGGACUGCGAGGACGGCGAUGGGGGAGCCAACCCCGGUGAUGGCAACCCCAAGGAGAGCAGCCCUUUCAUCAACAGCACUGACACAGAGAAGGGAAAGGAGUACGAUGGCAAAAACAUGGCUCUGUUUGAGGAGGAGAUGGACACCAGCCCCAUGGUGUCCUCUUUGCUCAGUGGCCUGGCUAACUACACCAACCUGCCCCAGGGAAGCAGGGAGCAUGAAGAGGCAGAAAACAAUGAGGGUGGAAAAAAGAAGCCAGUGCAGGCCCCACGCAUGGGCACCUUCAUGGGCGUGUACCUGCCGUGCCUGCAGAACAUUUUUGGUGUCAUCCUCUUCCUGCGACUCACUUGGGUAGUGGGCAUUGCAGGCAUCAUGGAGUCCUUCUGCAUGGUCUUCAUCUGCUGCUCCUGUACGAUGCUCACUGCCAUCUCCAUGAGUGCAAUUGCCACCAAUGGUGUCGUGCCUGCUGGAGGCUCCUACUACAUGAUUUCUAGGUCUCUGGGCCCAGAGUUCGGGGGCGCUGUGGGCCUCUGCUUCUACCUGGGCACUACCUUUGCUGGGGCCAUGUACAUCCUGGGCACCAUCGAAAUCCUGCUGGCUUACCUCUUCCCAGCGAUGGCUAUUUUUAAAGCAGAAGAUGCCAGUGGGGAGGCAGCAGCCAUGUUGAACAAUAUGCGUGUUUAUGGCACCUGUGUGCUCACCUGCAUGGCCACCGUGGUAUUUGUGGGCGUCAAAUAUGUCAACAAGUUUGCCCUUGUCUUUCUGGGUUGUGUCAUCCUCUCCAUCCUAGCCAUUUAUGCUGGGGUUAUCAAAUCUGCCUUCGAUCCACCCAACUUCCCAAUCUGCCUCCUGGGGAACCGCACACUGUCUCGCCAUGGCUUUGAUAUCUGUGCCAAGUUGGCUUGGGAAGGAAAUGAGACAGUGACCACACAGCUCUGGGGCCUUUUCUGCUCCUCCCGCCUUCUCAACGCCACCUGUGAUGAGUACUUCACCCGAAACAAUGUCACAGAGAUCCAGGGCAUUCCUGGAGCUGCCAGUGGCCUCAUCAAAGAGAACCUCUGGAGCUCUUACCUGACCAAGGGAGUGAUUGUGGAGAAGCGUGGCAUGUCCUCAGUGGACUCAUUAGAGAGCACCCCAGUUGACAUGGACCACCCUUAUGUCUUCAGUGAUAUGACCUCCUACUUCACUCUACUGGUUGGCAUCUACUUCCCCUCUGUAACAGGGAUCAUGGCUGGCUCUAACCGCUCUGGAGAUCUGCGGGAUGCCCAGAAGUCAAUUCCCACUGGCACCAUCCUGGCCAUCGCCACGACCUCUGCUGUCUACAUCAGCUCCGUUGUUCUGUUUGGGGCCUGCAUUGAGGGUGUUGUCUUGCGGGACAAGUUUGGUGAAGCUGUGAAUGGCAACCUGGUGGUGGGCACACUGGCCUGGCCAUCCCCCUGGGUCAUUGUCAUUGGAUCCUUCUUUUCUACAUGUGGGGCUGGACUGCAGAGCCUCACAGGGGCCCCACGCCUGCUGCAGGCCAUCUCCCGGGAUGGUAUAGUGCCAUUCCUGCAGGUUUUUGGCCAUGGCAAAGCCAACGGGGAGCCCACAUGGGCCUUGCUCCUGACUGCCUGCAUCUGCGAGAUUGGCAUCCUCAUUGCCUCCCUCGAUGAGGUCGCUCCCAUCCUCUCCAUGUUCUUCCUGAUGUGCUACAUGUUUGUGAAUCUGGCCUGUGCGGUACAGACGCUGCUAAGGACACCCAACUGGAGGCCACGGUUUCGCUAUUACCACUGGACACUUUCCUUCCUGGGAAUGAGCCUCUGCCUGGCCCUUAUGUUCAUCUGCUCCUGGUACUAUGCCCUGGUGGCCAUGCUCAUUGCUGGGCUCAUCUACAAGUAUAUUGAGUACCGAGGGGCAGAGAAGGAGUGGGGUGAUGGGAUCCGAGGCCUGUCUCUCAGUGCUGCUCGUUAUGCUCUUUUGCGUCUAGAAGAAGGACCCCCGCACACCAAGAACUGGAGGCCACAACUGCUGGUGCUGGUGCGUGUGGACCAAGACCAGAAUGUGGUACACCCACAGCUGCUCUCGUUGACCUCCCAGCUCAAGGCAGGGAAGGGACUGACCAUUGUGGGCUCUGUUCUUGAGGGAACCUUUCUGGACAACCAUCCCCAGGCCCAGCGGGCUGAGGAGUCUAUCCGGCGCUUGAUGGAAGCAGAGAAGGUGAAAGGUUUCUGCCAAGUAGUAAUUUCCUCCAAUCUGCGUGAUGGCGUGUCCCAUCUGAUUCAGUCUGGGGGUCUCGGGGGGCUGCAGCACAACACUGUGCUUGUUGGCUGGCCCCGCAACUGGCGGCAGAAGGAGGACCAUCAGACGUGGAGGAACUUCAUUGAACUGGUCCGGGAAACCACAGCUGGUCACUUGGCUCUGCUGGUCACCAAGAAUGUUUCCAUGUUUCCCGGGAACCCCGAGCGCUUCUCUGAGGGCAGCAUUGAUGUCUGGUGGAUCGUGCACGACGGGGGCAUGCUCAUGCUGCUGCCCUUCCUGCUGCGGCACCACAAGGUCUGGCGGAAGUGCAAGAUGCGUAUCUUUACUGUGGCCCAGAUGGAUGACAAUAGCAUCCAGAUGAAGAAGGACCUAACCACAUUUCUGUACCAUUUACGUAUCACUGCUGAGGUUGAGGUGGUGGAGAUGCAUGAAAGUGACAUCUCAGCUUACACCUAUGAGAAGACAUUGGUGAUGGAGCAGCGUUCCCAGAUCCUCAAACAGAUGCAUUUAACCAAGAACGAGAGGGAGCGCGAGAUCCAGAGCAUCACAGAUGAGUCUCGUGGUUCAAUACGAAGAAAGAAUCCAGCCAACACUAGACUCCGCCUAAAUGUCCCAGAAGAGACGACUGGGGACAGUGAGGAGAAGCCAGAGGAGGAGGUGCAGCUGAUCCAUGACCAAAGUGCUCCUAGCUGUCCCAGCAGUUCUCCGUCCCCGGGAGAGGAGCCAGAGGGGGAGGGAGAGACAGAUCCUGAGAAGGUGCAUCUCACCUGGACCAAGGACAAGUCGGUGGCUGAGAAGAAUAAGGGUCCCAGCCCUGUCUCUUCUGAAGGCAUCAAGGACUUCUUCAGCAUGAAGCCGGAGUGGGAAAACUUGAACCAGUCCAACGUGCGGCGCAUGCACACGGCGGUGCGGCUGAACGAGGUCAUCGUGAAGAAGUCCCGGGACGCCAAGCUGGUUUUGCUCAACAUGCCCGGGCCUCCCCGCAAUCGCAACGGCGACGAAAACUACAUGGAGUUCCUCGAGGUCCUCACCGAGCACCUGGACCGGGUGAUGUUGGUCCGCGGCGGCGGCCGCGAGGUCAUCACCAUAUACUCCUGAGAUCCAGGACCUGCCUCGGCCCGGCCCGCGCCCCCCGCCGCCGUCACCGUUUACACAGACCCCGCGCCCCGCCCCCUCCCCGCCGCCCGAGCCCGGAGCCGCGCGCCGGGGCUGACGGGGGAAGGGCGCCCCCGCGCGGAGCCCCGACACUGGGCGGGCUUCGGCCUGUCGGCCCUGGCAGCGCGGCCCUGAGAAACUGGCGUCGCCCGCGGAGGAGACGCUGCAAUAAAGGGCGGGAGGCGGGGAGGGAGGGGCCUUGAGGACCCGGGCUCGCGCGCGGCCCAGCUGGGCCUAUACAUAGUGUACAGGAGACAUCGCGUGUAUUUUUAACGUCCCCAUAUUUCUGUGACUCGAAGCGCAACGGACUUCUCUCUUUCCCGCCCCUGUCGAGCCCGCCCCCUGGAGCCCGCGAGAGGCCCCCGAGCGGGGCGACAGGGCGCUCGGCCCGGCGGGAGGGGUGGUGGCAGCCCUGCCCCGCCCCGCCCCGCCCUCGCCUCCUGCCCUUGCCCUGCACCCCUGGCUUCCCUCCCUCCCUUCUUGUCCUAGACGGAGAGGAGGCGAGACCCGAGCUCAGCUUUUUCUGGAACCACCUCCCCGCGGCUGCAGACGCACGCGCAGCCGUUCCUCCUCCUCCCGGGGAAGGAAGGGCCCUCGCCUCCCAGGAGGCGCCCCUGGUGCCUGUGGCCUUCUCGCCCGUCCUGUGGCUCCUCACCAGACUGAGAUUGGUGAGGUGGAGGGGGCCCUACCGCCGCCCCCAGUGUCCUCCCUGGGACAGGUGAGGGAGGAUGGGGAGCAUUGUUUUAGGCGCCGGGUCACCGCGGAGGCCCCAGUAUUGCCCCACGGUCCUUCCCUGUCCCCAUCUGACAAUCCUGGCCUCAAGGACCCAGCCGCCUUCUCCUGCG